GUAUUUCUGAACACUAGCUAGACACAAGUUUAGCGUAUUUGGAGCGUUUCAUAAUAGUGAGGAGGAGAAAAUGAGAAAAGAAAAUUUAGCGUUUUUUCCACUAUUAGCUCUUGCAUUGAGCUUGUGUCUAAGGUAUGUGGACGCGGCGUCAUCGCUUCAACCACCGGUAAAAUUGAUAUGGCAUUAUUACAAGCUUCACAAUACAUGUGAUGAAGCAGAGGUGUACGUCCGGCAUGAAGUGGAGAAGUUUUGGAAGGAAGAUAAAAGCAUUACUCCUAAGCUCCUCCGGUUGGUCUAUUCAGACUGCAUGGUCAAUGGCUGUGAUGCAUCAAUCCUCCUUGAUGGACCAAACUCUGAGAAAAAAGCACCACAGAAUAGGGGGCUAGGAGGGUUUGUAAUCAUUGACAAAAUCAAAAUUGUUCUGGAGAAUCGAUGUCCAGGAGUGGUCUCUUGUGCUGACAUUCUCAACCUCGCUGCCAGGGAUGCUGUUCACAUGGCAGGAGCACCAUCCUAUCCUGUUUUCACAGGACGAAGGGAUGGGAUGUCAUCAAGCGCUGCAUCAGUGGACCUCCCAUCACCAUCCAUCUCGUGGGAACAAGCAUUAUCAUACUUCAGAUCAAAGGGCUUAGAUGUAUUGGACUUGGCAACACUACUAGGAGCACACUCAGUGGGCAGAACACAUUGUAGCUAUGUUGUUGACCGGCUAUACAAUUUCAAUGGUACUGGAAAGCCUGACCCAAGCAUGGGUGCAUCUUUUGUAACUGAAAUGAAAAAGCUAUGCCCACAAAGGUUGCAGAAAGGCCAAAGUGACCCGCUAGUGUUCCUGGACCCAGAAUCCGGAUCAAAUUACAAAUUCACUCAGUCCUACUAUUCUAGAAUUCAAUCCCACAAAGCAGUCCUAGAAGUUGAUCAGCAAUUAAUCUUUGGUAACGACACUGCACAGAUCACUGAUGAAUUUGCUGCUGGUUUUGAAGAUUUUAGAAAGUCAUUUGCUCUGUCAAUGAGUAGGAUGGGAAAUAUCAAUGUUCUAACAGGAAACCAGGGAGAGAUACGCCAAAAUUGUCGAAUUACAAAUAAGGGCAAGUAGGAGGUACCUAAUGUGCUAUUUAUGAGGGUGGAUUAGUCAUCAUAAGGUCGAAUGGCAGCAUCUUCAUAUGGAUGGAAAUUGUUUUGUGUCUGGAAAAA